ACACGAAAGGUAAGAGUUUAAGUUUUCAAAUGUAUUUAUAUCAAUAAUUUACUUAGAACGAAAUUUAACGUCGUAUGUUUGUUUUACAUAAUUUGUUAUGAACUUUAUUAUUUUACAAAUAUACUCAUUGAAAUAUUCUUUUCUCAAAAAUCAAUUGGUUGUAAACAUAUUUUAAAUGAAACAAAAAAACCUAUCUCGGAGAUAAAAGACCGUGAGUAACUACAGUCUUAUUAAAGGUUCGAUACGCUUUUUUAAAGUAUUUUAGUGGUAAAUAUACAAUCAAUUUACAAUUUUAUACAUCGUGGAAACAGACAAAAUUCAAUGGACGACGAAUUAAAUGAGGUUUGUGAUAUAUUGGUUAAAUCACAAAUUCAGUUAGAAGAUUGCAGAUACAUUGCCGAGGAUCAAGAUACGGAAAAUUUUUUGCUUAAAAACGAACUUUGGAAUGCACAAGAUGAAAAUAAAGCCCUAAUAAAACAGCACAAUUCGGAUUUGCGUGCGAGAGAUAAAUGCAUAUCCGAGUUGGACGAAAAGGUUCUUCAGUUACAACACGAAUUGGAAUCUAAAACUAAUGAAUUACAAAGCAUGCGUCAAGAAAUUAUACAGCUUUCUGCAAACCUCAAAACAAAGGAUACCGCUGACAUCAAAGACAUUUUGGAUUCAUACAAUGAGCUUUAUGAUACACAUCAUUCAAAUGCAUUUGAAGAAUUAGACAAAAUAAUCAAGGACGAGAAGGAAAUAGUAAUGAUUCUAAAAAAGAUUCUCUUUGACGCUAUGCAAUAUAUUGAAAACGAAAAAGAAGGGAAACAGUUCCGAAUAAGUAAGCCAACAAAAGAAUCUGCCCUUGAAAAAUACUUAAAAUAUUUGAAGUCGCAAGAUACCAAAAUUCCAACAGGUUACGGUGCUGUCAGAUCUUACAUAAACAAAUGUUUUGACGUGUGUUGGGAAAUAUAUGAGAACAAAGACAAACUGAAAAUUCAAAGCGACAAUACCACACAUAGAGACAUUUUCUCAACAGAAAUGUACAGAGCCUUUACUAAAACAGGGACACUCAUUGAUUACUUAGUAUGGCCUUCGUUGUUACGCAUUGAUGGAACAUCCAUCGUACUAAAAGGUGUUGCCCAAUGUCAGUAAAACAGUGUAGUUAAAUAAAUAGAAAUAUACAUAUCUAAAAUAAAUAUGUUUUAUUUCAUCGUUAAUCUCUUGUUCCGUCCUUUUAUAUCAAUUUAUAUAUUGAAACAUACAAAUUGAACACUGUCGCAGUGAAAUGUUACAACUAUUGCUUGUGUGUUGAUUUUGUAAUAAAUACAUAUUCUUUAUC